AUGGCCGUCUCCCGCCCCGCUGCCAGGAGUGGCACUGGAGAAGGUGCUGAGUGCGUUGGGUGUGGAGGUGACAGAGGGGGACAUUGCCUGUGGGAGCCCCUUUGUUUCGACCAUUCUGACCUUCCCCCUCCCUACCCCGCCCGCCCGCCACUGCCAGGAGUGGCGCUGGAGAAGGUGCUGGGUGCGUCGGGUGUGGAGGUGACAGAGGGGGACAUUGCCUGUGGGAGCUUCUUCCUCCUGAUCUCAUGCAACGCGCAAGGAUCUGUGACCGGGCUGUCGCUCCCCCGAAUGACCGACGUGCCAUCUGACAUCGUCCAGCUCUCCCGCCUCGAAUCACUGACGACGGAGGGGGAAGGCGCCAUGCCAAACCUGCCUUCUGUACUCGGCGCUCUCACCUCACUCACUCGCCUGAACAUCUUCUCAGCAGUUGGUGGCGGUACCAUCCCUUCCUCCUUCACCCGACUCAAGAAGCUGCAGAAUUUAAUUUUGGCUGGCAACAAUCUGGAGGGAGCCAUUCCUCCCUUCCUCUCCUCGCUCGCUUCUCUAACUCACCUGUCCCUUAGCUUCAACCAGUUCAGUUCCUCCAUCCCCUCUAUACUCUCGAAAUUGCAGAGGCUUGUGAUCAUAGACCUAUCACGCAACCAGCUCUCCGGCUCUUUAUCGCCCCUCACAGCCCUGCCAAAGCUGAGCCGAAUCCUUCUCGGAUUUAACUCGCUCGACUUAAGCCUGCCAAACACUAUCUCCAAACUCAAAAGGCUGACUGAAUUGUCUCUUUACGACAACAAGAUCAGUGGGACUCUGCCUCGAUCGAUCUCAGGACUCUCCAACCUUGUCCUCAUGAACCUGAGAAACAACAACGUCACCGGCACUAUCACAUCGGCCAUCGGCUCUCUGAAAAAGCUCAUCCAAUUGGACCUGUCAUACAACCCCAUAUCAGGCAGCCUGCCCGCAGCCAUGGGCUCCCUCAAAUCGCUCAAAAUGCUGGAAAUCCGGUCAGCACGGCUCAACGGCUCGCUGCCUCUUGUUCUCACUAAGCUCAGAUCGCUCGACAGCCUCUACGUGUCCAACAACCAGCUCUCCGGCUCCUUCCCUGCCUUCCUCGCCAGCCUCUCCUCCCUCAACAUGCUUGACAUGGCGGGCAACCAGAUCAACAGGUCCCUCCCAUCCUCGUUAGGGGACAUUAAGAACCUCUACAGACUGCAGCUGUCCAACAACAGCAUCACCGGCAGCAUACCAGAAAGUAUCAGUCGCCUCACCAAUAUGGCUUACCUCUAUCUUGCAGGGAAUCAGCUGUCGGGCUCACUACCUGCAUGCUUUGCAACACUCACGUCGCUCGUGGAGAUGUGA